CCCCAUUCCACGACUUGAACUCUCAUCAAUGUAUGGUAUACCCCAAGCUCACUCACAGAAGCAAACAAACACACACCAAUAAUACACCAAUUCACUCGCUCGCCAGCCCGUCAAGAUGCCCUCAGCCACAAAUCCUAACCCGACUUCAACCUCAUCCGUCCUUCCGCCGCUCACAGCCCGCCAGGCAGUGUCAACCAAGCUCACAGCCCUCACCGACGCCAUCGCCGCCCACCCGCAGAUGCAACCUCCGAACCGACACCCAACCCUUUUUCAUAUCUGGGACUUCGCCAUGCGCACCAACUACAUCCUCUCGGAGCUUGACAACAUCGAGGCUGGCCGGGCAGUGCAGCAUCCAGAGCAGAUAUCUGGUUUGGGUAGUAGCAACGGCACACCCAGUCCCGCCAGAGCCAAGGAACUGCUCACCGACGUCAGAAGCCGCUGUUUCAUGAUAUAGAUGAUGAUCAGCAAUUCCAGCUCGGGAAUGAUGGCCGCCAUGGGGCUGCA